AUCACUUGUUCUUUUCUUAAAUUUAGUUCUCAUCUCAAUGUUUUUAAUAUGAGGUAUCUUUAUGUUUUAAAUUGAUAAAAUAAUACAAGAUAUAAGGCAUUUUCAUACUUUUAUGUACGAUGCUGAUAAUUACAUUAAUUAUAUAUAUUAUGCACACAUGAAACUCGGUGCCAAAGUAUGAGUAUAAAUUUAUACCUUGAUGUAAUUUGUUAUGUAAGUUCUUUAAUUCUUCUACUUCUGAAUUGGAUUUGAUUUAUUUUUGGUAAAGGAUGGACGAAGUACUUUUUAGGAGCUCUCAAAAAAUUGAAAAUAUGCAGUUACAAGCGGAGCUAACAGCCACCAAAACAAAAGAGGCCUUAGUUUUGUAUUCUCAGCAAGGGAGAUUACUAGUUGCACAAUUAUGGCAUAGUUCCAUAGCAGAACAGUUAAAAGCCAGUUUGAAAGAAGUUAGUUCUAAAAUAGUAUCUGCUGCUAAAGAUGUCCAGGCUCGUAUAAUAUACAUCUUUGAUCCAAGGUAUAUAUAUCGAAACUUCAUAAUAGUAUUUGGGAGAAAAUGGACUAAAAGAGAUGUUUGUUUUGGAUGUGCUGGAUUUAUACUUGGUGGUAUAAUUGGACUGGGUGUUGGUUUGGCACUGAGGAAGAAAGAGCCGGUAAUACGUUACAUGCAAACAGUGCAGUGUAAUCAUUACUUAGGUGCAGAGUCUGUUACUGUUGUAGAAGAUGCAAUUGCCCCCUAUGAAUGCCAGGAGAAUGAAGUUCUCAUAAACGUUAAAGCCGGCUCUGUUCAAGGAAUAGAUUUACAAAUCUGUAGUGGCUAUGGACGUACUCUGAGAAAAAUUUUAAACAAUGUGUUUAAGCAAUCUAAUUCAGAUCUUCCGGUUAUCUUAGGAAGGGAUUGCACAGGAAUUAUAACAGAUAUUGGUUCUAAAGUGAAACGCUUAGAAGUAGGAGAUGAAGUUUGGUUCGCGGUUCCUUUUUGGUCUCAGGGUACAUUGUGCCAAAGUGUGUUAGUGUCCGAAAAUCAAGUAUCGAGAAAACCGAAAAGCAUUGGCUUCGAAGGAGCUUGUAGUCUUCCUUACGCCGGCAGUAUAGCAUUGUCGGCUCUAGAAGAAGCUAAUAUCCACGAGUCUAAUGCAUCAAACAAAAAGAUUCUCGUCGAAGGAGGUUGUACGCCUGUAGGUUGUGUGUUGAUACAGUUACUAAAGAAUUGGAAAGCCACUGUAACCGCCACGUGCCUCAAGAGGGCAGUACCGGUAGUCAAGGCUCUUGGUGCUUCUGAUAUAAUAAUCCUCGCCGAACCAACGAACCCCAAUAACAACUCUUCAUUGGAGAAUGAAGAACGCAUUCUCGUAGAAAACGCUCUGUUAAAAGAACUCGAUUUAAGGGGCAACGUUUACGAUGCUAUAAUAAAGACAAGUUACGAAUGUAACGUCAUUAUUAACGAUUUCAAAAAGUUUUGCGUUUCUGACGGGGCAGUUGUAUCAACUUUACCUCCAAUUCUGUCUUCAGAUUCGUAUGGUUUCCUCAAACGGAUGCUUCUUACGUUAUACAUUAAUUUGAAAUGUAGAUUGCAGAAAACGUUGGGUUUACCAAUUACCGAUUUUGACGAAAUCCAUCUGUGUUACGUGACACUGGACAGGCUGGCAAGUUUCGUAGAAGACGGGUCCUUACAGACGGUGGUCGACAAAGUGUUCUCACCUCAAGACAUCGAAAUCGCCCUUAAUCACAUACAGUCUCCACACUCCAUCGGGAGCACUAUUCUGACAUUCAGAUAGCACAUUGUUACCUGUUCCCGUUAUAGUUUUAUUUAAUUUAACGUUGGAGAGUGGCCGAACACGUUUUACAAAUUUUACGUACUAUACAACAAACCCAAAAAUAUAUUUAUGAAAAAUGCGUUUAAAAAAUAUCCGAAGGUAUUUUUUUUAUUUUUAUAGUUUUUGGAAAAUGUAAUGCAACCUCACAAUGUAUUUGAUUAAUUUUUUGUAAUUUUUGGAAAGAUAAAGAAUUUUUGUUUGGUUUUCUUUGCUAUUUAUAAUUUUUUUUAUAGUAAACUCGUCGGCACCAAAUUUUAAUCUUCACAAGUUUUUUUUCCUGAUUUUUGUCGCUUCAAGUGGAUAUGGACAAGAAUCAGUAUCGAUACUAAAAUUUUUCCAUAAAUUUUAAACAUUUUGAAUAACAUUCACAUACCUCUAUAAGAAGUUGUUACUAAUUUACUACCGACUAGCUAGUAAUAAUGUAUUUUUCCGAAGUAAUCUAUACUUGUGAUUAAAUAUUAAUGUAUUAUUCAAUAAUACGAGCCGUAACAACUAAAUGUUCAGACGAUAUUUUAUUUGUUAUAAGUCUAAUGCAAUUUUUAAUUAAAGUUUUUCAAAUUCAUCUAGCUAUGAAAAUUCGGUAGUCUAGAAAAGAGAUUGACUAGUAUUUAUCAAAAGAGAAAACUCCAGAGUGAAAAAUUCCCAAAAAUCUCUUGGAUCAGAAAUUGCACUUUGAGGGUUGUUCUGCAAGCCCUUGUGGACUUGAAUUGAUAAGAUUUGCAAUUUUUCAUGUGGCGUCAUAAUAUUUCAAUGACAUUUAGGUCGGGGUUGUUUGACGGUCAGCACAAGACUAAUAUCGUCUCCAAGAUAUCCUGAUAAUUAUCUCCAUGAAUCCUUGUCGAGCGCUUUCCUUGCCGUAGGUAUCACGUGUUUGUUUACAAAAAUCCCCAACACACAAGUCAAACUUGGACAUCAUCACAGCCCAGUCUUCUGAUUUAUCCAAGUAUUCGAUUUAAUCCGUGUUUAUCUUUUGCCUCUAAGGAUACACUUUUUCUUGUAAAAACCGUAACCAGACCGGUGUGUGUGUGUGACUGAUGACAUUACCUCAAUAUCAGUUUCUUGGUUCCACAGCAGUAUUUUCUCGUGCAGCAGCUUUUGUUUGACACUUGCAGAUAUUAAUGGAGGGAAGGACUUUCUGCCCUUUUUAUCACUUUUAAGGGUCGACGAGAAUACUUUUUACAAACGUCUACACUAUCAGUUGCUCAGACACAAAUUAUAAUGGACACUUUUUACUUUCAGCACUUAUUUGGUUUUAAA